UCUACUCCCUCCUCCCGGAAAGAGUUGUUCUGCGCUCCCAGCGGCACUCCACUGCCGCAUGCCGUUUAGCACUCACCGUAUGAACGCAAUCACGCGGGUUUGAGCUAAUGGUCCUACCUUAACAAUUUGCACUCGCGUUUGGAGAUGUGGCUGCUUGCAUAACAGUGUGGAUGGGGGGCGAGCAGGGUCAUGAGGGUGAUCAUUACCUUUGAGUUGGAUUUUGGGGUUCGCUACCGUAGAAGGAACGCGCUCUUCCUAUCAAUAAUUCAUCCAUCCCUGAAGCAGCGGGAAAGGGGGGGAGAGCACACAGCUCCGGAGAUACAGGUUUUGAACUGCAGUCACCGGCGUAUUAUGUCACAAUCUGACAGUGCUUCGAGACGGGCUGACGAGGAGGACAAAGGAGGAUGAAGGAGGGAGAGGGACCGGGAGAGGCAGAGGAGGAAUAUAAUGAAGUUGAGUGGGAAAGGACUGUGUACCAUCGUCUCCAGCGCCCUCCUCUUCGUCUGCGCGGUGAGCGAAGUUGUUGUCGGAUUCAAAUGCAUCUCACUGGGCACCAAAGUAAAAGUGCAUUUUCACCUGUCGACCGCGGCCGGGGCUUUCUACUCGGGGAUACUGGUCGGACUCGGGCAGGCGCUGCUGGGCUUUGCGCUGCUUUGUUGCAAAGGGACGCCCGGGUGUCGGAAUUUCUUUCUCCUGGGUAUCCUGGUGUUUUUGUUGGGAGUUCUUACCGCCUUCUCCGGAGCCGUGGUGGACGGGGACACGGUGUCUCUGGUGGAGCGCAAAUAUUCCCAUUAUUGCCUAGACAUAGACUCAGUGGAAUUAACCGCCAUCUGCAACCAACUGAAGGAAUAUCAGAGAAGUCUAGUCAUCUCAACCAUUCUUAGCACUUUGGAAUGCCUUCUCGGGCUUAUGAACUUGGUGAUCAUCAAAAGGUACAAAACAGCGCAGUUUUACAGACGGAGGCAAUCACAGAGGCAAAGCGUGGGGACUAUUAUUUUCAGUGAGGAGCAGGACUUUACCGUGUCCGAAUUCCAACCGGUUUCCUACAUUAACUUGGGGGUAUUUCAAGUGUUCGACGAAGCAGGUGUUGAAGUACAAUGCGGGGGCCACCCGUCUAUCGAUCUCCCGGGUUACUCACCCACGGAUCCCGAGCUCAACCAUUCCUACCCCUUUUCUUACCCGCUCCCGAACGAGUUACCGCCCGCGUACGAAGACAUUUUCCCUGGAGACGAAAGUAACAAAUAGCAACUCACUUUGAACAAACAAAAAAGUUGGAACAUGGGCUCUAAAUUCUGCAGUGACAAUCACUGGCUUUCUCCCUUCGGUCUAUUCAGUGCUGGGACAAACAAUCAUGGAGAGAUUCUUACCUAAACAGUUUUUUCCCAUUACCUUCAUGCUUAUUUUUCUCAGCAAAGGUAGCCUCCUGGUCCACUUUAUGUGCAUCUACCAUUAUGUUGCCAAUUAACUAGUCUAUUGCCAUCCAUCGAUAUAGUCGAAAUUCCAUGGUAAUAAAUACCAGAUCCAUAGACCAUAAGAUGCUACCAUACCAGUCCAAAUUUCAAAGCAGCAGAUGUUUUGAGUUCAGAUUGGAUACACAUCAAAUGCCCAUAUAGUUUGCUGUUGUUAUUGUUUUCUUUAACAUAUGAAUAAAAGUGUAUUUACUCUCACCUGAUGUUAGAAGUUCUAUUCAAAAACCAACCUGCAUUUUACCUGCCUAAUACUCUAACAUCCACAAUGGGCUUGUAAUGUGUCUUGUACACCCAACAGGUGUAGCCCAUUAAAUUAGGCUAGGGCUUGAUUAACAAGACCACAGAAAGGCCCACAUCAUUGUGAAUCGGAAAUGCAUUUCCGUAGCCACAUAAAUGCAAUACAGUAGUAAUGAAAAAGGUAGAUGUAUUCUCCUUCCACCUUUCUGCACACUUUGCGGAGCCAAUUGCUCUUGUUCUCACUGCAGUAUAACCUAAUGGGUAGCCUGCAUUUGUUUCACAUGCUUAACUAAAUAGCCACUAAACCAUUGAGUAUUAUGUCUACAUCCCAAAUAGCACACUAUUCCCAUAGUGCUCUGGUCAAAAGUAAUGUACUGUAAAGGCAAUUGGAUACCAUUUGGGAUGCAUCCAUUCACUAGUGAGUCACCAGAGCACCACACCUCCCAUUCACCUCCUAAGUGGCAGAUAAAAACUGUCAUUGAUGACUUCUUCGCUGAAUUUCA